CAAAACAAGCUUUGUUACUCGAUAAGUCGAUAACUCAAAGAGAGAAAACACCAAGCAAAUGUUGAAAACGAACCAAAAACCCCAAUAGAACCCUCAAUCCUCUCUACCACCGAUGGCAACCUUCGGUGCGGCAAGGUCAUUCCUCCGCUCCACAACCACCGCUAGAUCCGCCGUCCCACGAUUCGCAGCCGCUUCCAAACCAAAAUCCAACACAUUUUCUCCCUCCUUCAACCUUCCGAAGCAAAAGAAUCUUUCUGCCCCUCGCAUUUUCAGGUCUCCCGUUGAAUUGAGCUGCUGUGUUGAAUCGUUGCUGCCGUAUCACACGGCCACCGCCUCUGCGUUGCUUACGUCCAUGCUCUCCGUCGCGUGCCGUUCCGGUUGGACUCCUGAAGAUUGCAAUGAUGAUGUAUGAUGCAUAUCAGACGGUCGUGCAAAGUAUAAUGAACUUGGGAUUUGUGCAUUGGUGAUAUGCUAAGGGUUUUCAAAGACAUUCGGAGAAGCCAGAGCUAUUUCAUCCUUGUUAUCAUCUUAAACUAUAAACUAGAUGGUUCUUGAUUCAAUCGUUAGUUUUGGAAUAUGUAUCUCAGACUCUAUUGCGCCCCCUUGUUAAAAUUCAAUCAUUUCAUUGUCCUUUGGUUAUUGACUUAUUGUGCUAUUCUCUUAUAGUACCAAUAUGCAGUUCUUCUGUUA